GGAGCAUCGUUACUUUCAAAGAAUAUUCUGUAUUAUAAAGAUGUUUUCUGUGAAAAUAAUUAAUAAACUAAACAGAAAAGCAAUAAGAAGAACGUUCAGUGGGAAUGUCGUGGGUGAAAAGACAGCUCUAUAUGAUUUUCAUGUGGAAAAUGGUGGAAAGAUAGUUAAUUUUGGAGGAUAUUUACUUCCCGUGAUGUACAAUGAUUUCAGUAUGGUAAACUCCCAUCUGUUUACACGAAAAAAUGCAUCUUUGUUUGAUGUAUCUCAUAUGCUUCAAACAGAAAUUCGAGGAAGUAGAUGUAUUGACUUCCUAGAAACCAUUUGCACAGCAGAUAUCCAAGGAACUCAAAUUAACGGAGCAACUCUUACUAUAUUUACAAAUGAAAAUGGAGGUAUUAUAGACGAUCUCAUUGUUACAAAAAUUACAGACGAUCAUCUCUAUCUAGUAUCAAACGCUGCGAGGAAACAACACGAUCAACAGUUGAUGUUAAAAGCUUUAGAAAAAUAUAAACGGUCAAAUUUGGAUACCGACAUAAAAAUAAAAUUUUUCGAUCCCAAAGAAAGAAGCUUAUUGGCUCUGCAAGGUCCUAAAGCAGCCGAAGCAUUACAAAAUCUCACUGAAGUUGACCUGUCAAAUUUAUAUUUUAUGAAUACUACUACAGCAACAGUGACCGAUGUAAAAGAUUGCAGGAUUACGAGAUGUGGAUACACCGGCGAAGAUGGUUUUGAAAUAUCGAUUCCUGCAUCUUAUAGUGUGAAUGUUGCGAAGGUUUUAUUAGAAAAUAAUUGCGUAAAAUUAGCCGGACUUGGAGUGAGAGAUUCGUUAAGAAUGGAAGCAGGUUUGUGUCUUUAUGGUAACGAUAUAACUGAAACAACAACACCUAUUCAGGCUGCAUUAACAUGGCUUGUGGCAAAAAGAAGACGGGAAAUGAGAAACUUUCCAGGGGCGGAUAUAAUUCUCGAGGAGAUUCAGAAAACAUCACCAAUCAAAAGAAUAGGUUUAUUGUCUUCGUCGGGUCCGCCAGCUAGACAAGGAGCUAUAAUUUUUUCUGUAGACGGAAAAGAAUUAGGAGAAGUAACAUCUGGUUGUCCGUCUCCAAGUUUGGGAAAAAACAUUGCAAUGGGUUAUGUAUCAACUGAUUAUAGUAAAAUUGGUACUAAAGUUAGUUUAAAAAUUAGAGAUAAAUUGUACGAAGCUAAAGUCAGUAAAAUGCCUUUUGUAAAAGCGAAUUAUUAUGUAAAACCAAAACAGAAUGUUAAUUAAAAAUGAGAAAAUGUUUCUACUUUUAUUAUAUUUGUAAGUACUACUGAUACAUAGAUAACAAAUUUUUAAGAUAUAUAAAUACAUAUCCUUCCAAUCGUUCCACGAAUUUUAACAAGAAGACCCCCAAUAAUCCGGCGUCUCCUAUAAUCCGAUAUGUCUACGAGAAUUAUUAUUUUUCGUAGACAAUCUUCGCUGAUGUAUGUUUCAGAUCAACCACCUCCUGUACGCGCCGUCACCAUUGUACUCGACCUUUGAAUUAAUAGUACUGAAAGGAGUAAUGAACAAAAGUUUGGUACCCAGCGAAAGACUAGCAAAGAGAACGGUCGUUGUCCAUAUUGUUUGGCGAUAAGAAACUCGAUCAACGGGUCUUAUCACAAAUACAACGGACGGGAAUUAUACUUUUCGGUUUUCGAAAAUUAUUUUUAAAAAUUUAUUUUACAAUAAUUGAAUGAAUACAAUUAAUCUCAAGCGAACUAACUGAUAUUCAUUGAAUGAACUAUAUUUUCAAGAACGAUACAUAUAUUCAUUGCCAAGUUGUUUACAAAUAUUUGUAUUUAGUGUUUAUGAUAUUUAAUACAAUUGCGUUUUAUAUAAAUGUCCUUCUAGAAUUUUCUCCAUGUAACUCCUCCAUCCCUAAGAAUGAAAAAUGACGGAGUUAUUUUUCAUAUCUUGUUGUCUUCUUUCUUCUAAUUCGAUGUUUUCUUUCUUCUUUUCUUCAAAUUUCUGUUUUCUUACAAAUUUACUUUUAUAUUUACGAAUUAAUCAUAAUGUUAUGAAAAUUACACAAAUUAUUAUUAUUAUUAUAGUAAAUAGUCCAAUUGAUACAUGGAUUUGCGGAUUAUAAAUUUCAUGAAUUGGUUUUAUAUUUCUAGCAAUUUUAUUUAUUUUAUAUAAUUUGUCAAAAUCUAUGUUGGUUGGAGAUUUAUAAAUUUGAUUAUUUAAAAAUUUGAAGUUUAAUUUCGGUAAUAUUAUCGAUUUUCCUUUUUUAAUUUGUAUGUUGGUUGAAAAAAUUUCACUUUCUAUUUGAAUACUACAGUUCUUUGGAAUUUUUAUAAUUGAUGGAUAACUUAUUUUCAAAUAACGGUCCGAAACAAAUUUAGAAAUCACUUCAGUUUCUGAAUUUGGAAUUACUAAAAGUUCGUUAUUUGUUACUUGUUCUAAUAUAGUUUCUUGAAGAUUUAUUUAUUUAACUAACAACACAAUUUUCGGCAGAGCGUCCGUUUAACAAUUCAAUAGUACAAUUGUCUUUUAACUUAAAUGUUUCUUUACAAUAAUAUUUCUCUUCUAAUGCCGGACAUUCUUCUUUAAUAAAAUUAACUUCUUCUUGACUUCUGGCCAAGUAAGGUUGAGGAGGGAUAAAUAUUGUAUGAUUUUGGAUUAUAGGAUGUAAAUGGAAAAUUUUGGGAUUUGUUCUUCAUUAUAAAUAGUACUUAAGUAUUUCAUCAUUUCUAAAAUUUCUUGACUAGAUAUUACUGAACUAUGAAUCGUAUUUAAUUUUAAAAAUGUUAUGGCGUUUUCAAUAUUAUUAUUUAAUGUAAUCAAACUUUGACAGUCCAGAUUAAUCUGUGAUAUUGUACUGUGAAAUGUUAUAAUAUUAUUCAAAGUUAUUAUUUUAUUUUCUAUCGAAAUGUGAAAUUUCUCUAAAUUGUCAGAAAGUUUCUGUUGAUUAUUCCAUAGAGUCGUAAUCGAUUUAUUAUAAUGAUCAAUUAAUUUUUUAUGUAGUGAUAUUUGUAAAUUUACUUCAUGAAUUAUGUGUUUUUAAUUUUGUUGUAAAACCUUUAUAGCAUUAUCAUAUCUUUCUUCAUCAUCUGAAUCUAGAGUUCCAAAAAGCCAUUUAUCUAUUUUUCCUACUGUAUUUAUUAAUCCUCUUUUUAAUCUUAAAUGUGGAUAAAUAUUUUCUGAUUUUCUAUCUAAAGUAUUAAAUCACAAUUUCCGUUCUACUUAAUGAUUAUUCGGCUAAAUUAUGAUAUGAAAUAGGAUUUGUAGCGUUCGCUUGGGAUAAAUUAUUUUUUAAACUAUAAUAAUAUUGUUUCAAAUUAUUAAUUUGUUUAUGAAUAAAUUCUAAAUCUAUAUAAUAUAUAAAAGUGUAUUUAGUAUAUAUAAGAUUACUGGUUCCUAAAUUAAUGGGUAAUAAUAAGUUAUUUACUUUUGUAA